UGGUAGCAAGUGGUGUCGUGGCUGUACCAGGGCUGUGCCAGGGCUGCCUGGCGGGAGGAAGCGUCUGGGUGGCAGCACGAAGCCUGGUGCAUGCUGAAUGAGCCCGGCCCUGCCGCUUGCUAUUCCGAGAGGCGCUUGGGGGAAGAAGCUGGUAUUUCCUGAGCUGCCCAGAGAGGUGUAAUUAUAACCUGGGAGAAGAAAGGGUCUGCAGAGGAGAGUGCCCAGCCUUCCUGGCGCCCGCGGGGGAGCGGGCAGGGGAGCGGGCAGCUCCUGCCUGCCACCGGUUGGAUGUGCUGGACCUCUGUUGCCCCCCUCUUGCAGAGCCUGAGGAGAGCCCACAGCGAGCCCAGCUGUCUCCCAACCAUGGAUACCACGGACGUGCCCCUCCAGGCCGAGAUGGUGGAGCUGGUGCCCAAUGGGAAACACGCGGCCACGCUCACCACCUCUGCUGUCCCCUCACUGGCGGGUGACAGAUUUGAGGAGAACCAGACUGGUGUGGCAGAGAUGGAGGAGUUCCUGCCCCACGGUGCCGAGAAGAAGCAGACACACUUCACUGAUUUCGAAGGGAAGACGUCUUUUGGGAUGUCUGUCUUCAACCUGAGCAAUGCCAUUAUGGGCAGUGGCAUCCUGGGGCUGGCCUAUGCCAUGGCCAACACCGGCAUCAUCCUCUUCCUCUUCCUCCUGACAGCGGUGGCCCUUCUCUCCAGCUACUCCAUCCACCUGCUGCUCAAGUCCUCGGGCAUUGUAGGCAUCCGUGCCUAUGAGCAGCUGGGCUACCGAGCGUUUGGCACGCCAGGGAAGCUGGCAGCAGCCAUUGCCAUCACACUGCAGAACAUUGGAGCCAUGUCCAGCUACCUGUACAUCGUCAAAUCCGAAGUGCCUCUGGUCAUCCAGACCUUUCUCAACCUGGAGGAGAAGACCACGGACUGGUACUUGAACGGGAACUACCUGGUGAUCCUGGUUUCUGUCACCAUUAUCCUGCCCCUGGCCCUCAUGAAGCAGCUGGGCUACCUUGGCUACGCCAGUGGCUUCUCCCUCAGCUGUAUGGUCUUCUUCCUCAUCUCGGUCAUCUACAAGAAGUUCCAGAUCCCCUGCCCACUUCCUGAGCAGGAGGGGAACCUUACGGGCAUCCUCAACGUCACCUCUGUCAGCACUAGUGACUACCAGAAUGACUACACUGUCCUCCAGGCCCCCGAGCAGGACACCUGCAGCCCCAGCUUCUUCACCCUGAACUCCCAGACAGCGUACACCAUCCCCAUCAUGGCCUUCGCCUUUGUCUGCCACCCCGAGGUCCUGCCCAUCUACACUGAGCUGAAGGACCCCUCCAAGAAGAAGAUGCAGUGCAUCUCCAACAUCUCCAUCAUGGUCAUGUACCUCAUGUACUUCUUGGCUGCCCUCUUUGGCUACCUCACAUUUUACGGCCAUGUGGAGUCGGAGCUGCUGCACACGUACAUCAAAGUGGACCCCUUUGACGUGCUCAUCCUGUGUGUGCGGGUGGCUGUGCUGACAGCUGUCACCCUCACCGUCCCCAUCGUCCUCUUCCCGGUGCGCCGGGCCAUCCAGCAGAUGCUGUUCCAAGGAAAAGACUUCAGCUGGAUCCGCCACAUCACCAUUGCAGUGGUCCUGCUGACCUUCAUCAACCUGUUGGUCAUCUUUGCCCCCUCCAUUCUUGGCAUCUUCGGCUUGAUUGGUGCCACCUCUGCUCCCUGCCUCAUCUUCAUCUUCCCUGCCAUCUUCUACAUCCGCAUCAUGCCCAAGGACAAGGAGCCACUGCGCUCCACCCCCAAAAUAUUGGCUGCCUGCUUCGCCCUCCUCGGGGUGGUCUUCAUGAUCAUGAGCUUGAGCUUCAUCAUCAUCGACUGGGCCACGGGUGGGGGCAAGAGCGGUGGCAGCCACUAGCCAGCACUGGGUGCCCACGCCAACCCCUCCCCACCGGUGCCCCAGGGAGAGCUGGCCCUGGGCUCAGUCCCCAUGCUGCAGCCCCACUGGGAUUCCCUGGGGACUUCCGCCCAUCACCUGUGGUGGUGCUGAGUGGGCAUGAGCCAUGGCAGGCAUGGGGACUCCUUGACCUGUGCCCGGGAUGGGGCAGUGAGCCCGGGGCAGGUCCUGUGCCCCCCAGCCACUCCAACGGGUACCCUCCCUGCUCCGCGCCUCAGUUUCCCCAUCUGUAAAAUGGGGAGAAUAAUACUGCCCUACCUCACCCGGAGCUGGCUGUCAGGUGGAGCUUGUCUCUGCACCCCCAGAGCCGCCAGCAGCAGGCACUGCCAGGGGUGUGGGGCACUGCCCGCCGUGGGGACCGAGGACUGGGGGCACUUUCCUGACCCCACCCAGACAGCAUCAAGAGCCCUGAUGAACAGUGUCCCUGGUGGCUGGAAUCUAUCAGGGCAGUCAGAUCUGUGACAGCAUCUGUGCCCAAGCCACCCCCCCUCUCCCCCUGCAGUCUCCCAGUCCCCAAAAAGGGGCAUCCUACCCGUGCUGCAGCUUGGCUGCUGGGGGCCUGGCACACCCGAGGGGCACAGGGGGCUGUGGGGUGGUCUGGGGACAGUGCUCACUGGGGGUCAGCUCAGGGCUGCAGAGGCACCCCCUGUCUGAGUGCCCAGAUGCCAGGGUGAUGGGCACCCCAGCAACCCAAACUGUCCCUGCUCGCCUUGCACCCUGGGCCAGCACCCAGGCCCCCACAGCCCUCACCCAUCCAUCCAUCCAUCCAUCCAUGCUGCUGGGACACCCCAAACCAUGCCAAAACCUGGAGAGUGGCUCUCACACCCCCGGCCUCCCUUCCCAGCAUGGAGGUCAGCCCAGCAGGGUGGGCAGCACAGGGUCGGGGCGUGUCUGUCCUGCAGCAAAGUACAUAAGAGAAGUAUUUUUUUAUUGGGUGGUGGAGGCUGGGAUGCUUUUUAUAAAUACUGUACAUAAGAGUAGA